AUGGACGACGGAUUACAGGUGGAUGCAGUGUACACGGAUAUCGAAGCUGCUUUCGACACCGUAAAUCACGAAAUCCUACUGGCUAAACUAUUUCGACUCGGAGUUUCGGAGAGAAUGUGCAACUGGCUUCAUUCGUAUCUGCGCAACAGGCAACUUUGCGUCAAAACUGGAUCCUGUGAAUCGGCGCUUUUCUCGCCACGUUCUGGUGUACCACAAGGCAGUAAUCUAGGUCCAUUGCUGUUCACACUGUACUUCAAUUAUGUGGUAACUCCUCUGCGAAACGAUGAUCAAUUGAUGUAUUGCUCUAUUGUUGUUGCAUUGGUUCGCUUCAUCAACGAUAGCGAACCUACCUUUGAUGGAGCGAACCAAUCUUCGAUAACUGGUCGUCAAUUGUUCGUGAAAAUAGGAUCAGCCAUAUCUGCACCGUUCAUUCCCCGAUGUGGUGUGCCCCAGGGAAGCAAUUUAGGACCGUUGUUGUUCGUGUUGUUCUUUAAUGAUGUGUCUCAUGUUCUCGAUAACUGCCAUUUGAUUUUCUAUGCGGACGAUUUGAAAAUCUACUUGACUGUAGAAAACAUUGACGACUGUCGCCAACUGCAACAGCAACUAAAAGCGUUUUUAAUUGGUGUGUACUAA